AUGUCUCUCUUCAGGGCAUUGAAGAAAACCUGCUCAGUAAUCAAAAAGAGCCUCUUCUCUAGAGAAACGACUGAAGCAGUGAGAAUGGAAACCACAAAGAUUAAUAUGUCCCGCGUCCCGCUGGUUAACGGAGGCAUCGACGCUGCCACGCUCAAGGCACACAAACCCCGUGUGAUGUCCAAAAGUGGUCACAGCAACGUGCGGAUAGACAAAGUCGAUGGCAUUUACCUACUCUACCUUCAAGAUUUGUGGACUACAGUUAUAGACAUGAAGUGGAGGUACAAACUCACCUUAUUUGCUGCUACUUUUGUUAUGACCUGGUUCCUCUUUGGAGUUAUCUACUAUGCCAUUGCAUUCCUUCACGGUGAUUUAGAAAUAAACAAGUUCACCCCAAAGCGCGAGCCAUGUGUCAAGAAUGUAGACUCUCUGACUGGGGCAUUCCUCUUCUCUCUGGAGUCACAGACAACCAUUGGCUAUGGAUUUCGUUUCAUUACAGAGGAGUGUCCUCAUGCCAUAUUCUUACUUGUGGCCCAACUGGUCAUCACCACCUUGAUUGAAAUCUUCAUCACAGGUACCUUUCUAGCCAAAAUUGCAAGACCUAAAAAAAGGGCAGAGACUAUUAAAUUCAGCCACUGUGCCGUCAUUACUAAACACAAUGGAGAACUUUGCCUGGUGAUCAGAGUAGCAAAUAUGAGGAAGAGUCUUCUGAUACAGUGUCAGCUGUCUGGGAAGCUUCUUCAGACGUAUGAAACCAAAGAAGGGUAGCGGAUCCUUCUGAAUCAAGCCAGUGUCAAGUUCAACGUUGACUCCUCUUCAGAGAGUCCAUUUCUCAUUUUGCCUUUAACCUUCUACCAUAUUUUGGAUGAAAGCAGCCCUUUGAGAGAUCUCACACCUCAAAAUCUCAAGGAGAAGGACUUCGAGCUUGUGGUGCUCCUGAACGCCACGGUGGAGUCCACCAGUGCUGUCUGCCAAAGCAGGACUUCCUACAUCCCCGAGGAGAUCCACUGGGGCUACGAGUUCGUGCCUGUGGUUUCUCUCUCUCCAAAUGGAAAGUACGUUGCGGAUUUCAGUCAGUUUGAGAAGAUUAGGAGAAGCACAGAUUCUACUUUUUAUAGUAUGGACUCUGAAAAACAAAAACUAGAGGAGAAAUACAGGCAGGAGGAUCAAAGAGAGAGGGAACUGAGAACGAUGUUGUUACAGCAGAGCAAUGUUUGA